UGGGGGAGCGUGCAGCUGGGCUUCCAGAAGCCGAGGGGGGAAAUCCCCCCCCCUCUCUCGAGCCGUGACGCCGGAAAGCCCGGGAGGUGAAGGAAGCUGGUCAUGAGACAUAAAAUAAUGACGGAGAAGGGGAAAAACCCAGACGCAAAAUCGGAAAGAGAAUUGCAAGAAGGGCUCAAAGCUGGGGUGACCCAAGGGAAGACAGGGAGAACGACGAAAGAGCUCCAAGCUGGGAAUGCAGAAGGUUUUGCAAAAAUGGGGGGCUCCCGAUCAGCCAAGAGCGAGGCAGGUGAUCGGCGGUUGAAAUAUUUGGAUCCCCGGGCUGCUUUGAAGGCAAUGCAGUCCUCCAAGCAGGAGGAACCGGUUUCUGAACCGUGGGAGAACGCCAAGGCAUGCUUGGCUUCCUUGGAAGGAGCAGCUGAAACCUACUGGAGAUACAAAGGAUUGGUGGAUCUCAGCAGAGAAACUCAAAGGGAGAACGAGCAGACUAACGCUGCCAAGGUGAACGACUACUGGAAGGUGGGCGAGGACGUCCUGAGAGAGGAUUCGGCGGCCACCGACACCCAGCGAGCCCUUUUCAGAGAGUUCUGUUACCAGGACGCUGAGGGUCCCCGUGAAGCCUGCAGCCGUCUCUGGUACCUCUGCCACCGGUGGCUGAAGCCGGAGAGGCACACCAAGGAGCAGAUCCUGGAGCUGGUGAUCCUGGAGCAGUUCCUGGCCAUCCUGCCCUCCCAUCUCCAGAGGUGGGUCAAAGCUGCUGGGCCUCACACCUGUGACCAAGCGGUGGCCCUGGCUGAAGGCUUUCCCUCAGGACGGCCACAGGAGGGACCAGGUUUGGUGCAGGAGGUGACUGUGGGGUUUUCCACGGCCGAGCGGCCUCCGUCAGGGGCUGGAGAGAGACAGCCCAGUUCCAUCGGGGUCAAGGAGGAGCAGGACAGUGGCAGUGACUCAGAAGAUGACAAGUGGGUGAUUGAGACGAGGCAAGGGGAUCCCCAGUUGGAAGACACCGAGCCCGUGAAAUUGUGUGGGCCCUCCUUGCAAGAACCUUAUUGGUCCGAAGAAGAUGGAGAUGGUCCUGCAGCUCUUGGGGAUGGAGCUGACCAGAAGGAUGAGGACAAACCAGGUCAACAGAGACCUGAAGGGUUUCCUCUAGCAGAAGAAGAUGGGGACUCAAGCCAACCUGUUGUGGUCCAAAGACGGCACAGAAGUCGAGAAAAGAAGACCUGUGGCGUGUGUGGCAAGACUUUCAGCCGGAGCACAGUGCUCGCUGCCCAUCAGAGGACCCACACGGGCGAGAAGCCGUUCAUGUGCCAGAGUUGUGGGAAAUGCUUCAGCUUCAAGUCCACUCUGGUUGCCCACGAGAGGACCCACACGGGAGAGAGGCCCUACACCUGUGAUCUGUGUGGGAAGAGCUUCACUGUCAGCUCGGUCCUCACCAGGCACUACCGAGUCCACGUUGAAAAGAAGCUCUUCAGCUGCUCCGAGUGUGACAAGAGCUUCACUCAGAAGUCUCAGCUGCUCAACCACCAGAAGGUCCACGUGAGGGAGAAGCCGUUCAAAUGUGGCCAGUGUGGGGAAGGUUUCAGCCGCGGCUCCAGCCUCAAGAAACACGAGGGCUCCCACACGGGAGAGAAACCCUUCAAAUGCCCCGAUUGCGAGAAAUCCUUCAACACGUCUUCUCAGCUGGUCAAGCACCACCGAGUCCACACCGGGGAGAGGCCCUACACCUGUUCGGAGUGCGGGAAGAGCUUCAGCCAGUGGCAAAUCCUGAUGGUGCAUCAAAGGACCCACACGGGCGAGAAGCCCUUCAAGUGCGCCACCUGCGGGAAAUGCUUCUCCGAUCGGGCCGUCCACAUCCGCCACCAGAAGGUGCACACGGGGGAGAGGCCUCACCAGUGCCCCACUUGUGGCAAGAGGUUCACCCACCGCACCGUCUUGGUGAAGCACCAGAAGAUCCACGCCCGAGAAGCUCUGAACCUAGCCAAAUUGCAAGAGGAGCAGCCGCGAUACGAGGAAACGCCAUAAAAGUUUGCAACACGGAUGAAUGCUCAACUCCGGAAGGGUGCCUAUGGGCGACUCUCUUUCCCGAGCCUUCCAGAUGUGCCAAGACCCAUGGUCUUCCUAUCUAAAACAGAUGGGAGUUGCAGUCCGGGUUGGCCUGAUAGCACAGGACUGUGCUAGAUUGUACAAGGGUGUAUAUGUAUCAGACAAUCAAUGUCUACAAUCACACUGUGGCAAGCGGUCACUUUCCCAGGGCUGAGCAUGAUGGGAGAGGCAACACUUUGUUUGAUACAUACGGGGAUCCUGCAGUGGGCCUGCUCCAUCCUCUCCCCCCACUCAUCCCCUUAUCUUCCAUGUUGUGACUGUCUCUUGUGUAGGCACUUUUGUCUUCCUGAUAAAAGUUGUCGGUGUUGUUGUCGAAGUCUUGGCAAGUCAACCUUUUCAAGAUCUACUUUAGCUAUGCACUACAGUGAUGAAGGACAGAUUAAGCCCUUCCCAUUUGUACACCGGCAUCAAUUAGUAGAAGAGAAUGUGUCCAACAGAGAAAGAACCUCAUUAGUUUUCAUUCAAUUCCCCUUCACAGUGUUUUUUUUUUUUUGCCAGUGUUCUUUGGUGGUUGGUUUCCACGUUUCUGAUUUUGGACACUAACAUGCAGUUGUGUUUCUGUAUUAUAAGGAGAAGAGGAUAAUGUAUAUCUGAGAAACAGAUUAAAGCAAAAAUUAGAAGUGCCUCAUAA